AUUUGAUUGCGCGACGCGGAACGUCAAGGAGUCUCUUUCCAUUCUACCACUUCUACCACCUUCCAUUGUUUAUUUGGGUCUCGUCACCGCCAGCAUCGACGAAGAGGUCCCAUCCAAUCUUUCUUACCUUCAAGGUUCAUGUCGUCUCCGUCAACAUUUAAUUAUCAUCGACGAUCUCUCUCCACUUCCUCACCCUCGCCCUCGCCCGUUCCAAAAACUCUAUGGCGUCCAGCAAGCAAACGAGCUCGCUCAUCGUGCAAUAGCCCCGCCCUUCCAGACUCUGCGUCCUCCCAAACACGCAAUUUCGACUUUUGGCGGACGGGCAAGAGACUUCGCAGAGAUAUAUCCCUUCCUUCCAUGACUGGGUCGUCCACUCCGGCGUCGACGGAUAGCCACAGUUCCGGAUUCAGUUCUUCUGCUCCCCACACUCCACUGUUCGCUACUACCCCAGAAGAUUUCCUCCUAUUUCCUAGCCGCUCAAGUCACAGAGAAACCGCAUCUGAGAAGUCAAGAAGGAGCUCCAUGAACUCUGUCGGCAUUCGGGACUCGCAUUCUGACAUUUCUGAGGCCGACGCUACUCGCCUCAGGUCGGAUGCAUUCUGGGAACUCCGCAGGAGUAUUGCCGUAAGCGGAGAAGGCCUUGUAAAGCGUAUGCGUGAUUUUGAGCGUUCCCGUUCAAAAUCGGGUAUAUAUAAGCGCGCUAGAACCGCUGAUAGACAAAGAGCGAAGAAGCGGCAUUCCCCUAGUGUCCCCGUGACCAGAUCUGUCAGGAGGUCUAACAGCUCUGAGAGCGACGAGGAUGAUAUCCAAAUAUACUCCGGAGAACUUUGUGGUCUCCCCAUCUCGCGUCAAAAGCGAGCAUCAAGCCUUGGGUCCAUGGACUUGGACAACGAUGAGAUGCAGUCCAGUCCUUUAUCAGAAUAUGUAGAUCAAGCAUCCACACACUCUUCGUUCUCCAAUGACGACGCAGACGAUCUUUCCUGCCACUCCUUUAACACCACAUUUCCCUCCGACUCAUUACAUUCAACAUCAUCAUCUCCAGCAUAUAAAUAUUCUGCUUAUACCACGACAUUUAGUCCACCUCUAUCCGGCCCUUCAUUCAGCUCUCCGGCUCGUUCCUUUGAGGCACCACAUUCCAGUCCCGCGCACCAAAACUCGGUCUUUCUAUCGUCUCAUCCCACCACCGCAUCCUCUGCAUCCAGCCAGAAAGAUGUGUCUCUGACCUCCUCUGCCUCGCGGACUGAAAAGGCCAUUGCGGCUCUUAGUCUGGCAAUAGCCAACGGUGCGGCGGGUCUGGGCGACUACGACGCCCUUCGUGAUAUCCCUUCUGUCAUGAUAGACUCCCAAGUGGGCGAGCUCUGGCACUAGGUGACGCAUCGACCCCCACAACCACAAUUAUCAGGAUCUUAUCUUUCAAAAGUCUUUGUUUAUGCCUCAUUUCCAUAUGAUACUAUUCGCAUGCACCUCUGUCUGGACUGGAUCCAAAAUCUUUUUUUAACAGCAAUAUUCUUCCCAACGCACACAUUCUGAUACCGCAGUCACGGUUUUGCAGAUUUCUUUGCCACUGAAGUAAAUCAAUUGUUCUGUAGAAUGCUCCCUCUUUCUUUUGGGUGAUCGACGAAACUGUAUUUUAUCAAUCAUGUAUCUGAACUAUUAUUUGGAGAUAAAUGGUAUGCAGGUUCGACGCGACUUAAGGAUAGCACUA